AUGAGAAGACUGCUCAGCUUGUUUCCUCGUCCUGAAGUGUCCCAGCAGAUCACCCCUCAUCUCACCAUGUCGCCUCAAGCCCCCAACCCUACAACUGCCCAGACUGCCCAGCCCCCGGCCCCUAGCCCUCCAGCUGCCCAGCCCCCGGCCCCUGACGGGGGCUGGGGCUGGGUGAUUGUAGUGUCCAGCUUCCUGGCUCUGCUGCUGGGGUAUGGCUCUUCUCAGUCGGUGGGCGUCCUCUACCCUGAGUGGCUGCUCGCCUACGGGGAGGGGAAGGCCAUGACAGCCUGGGUGGGCUCAGCGGUGGCUGGAGUCGGACUCAUAGUGGGUCCUGUCUGCAGUGUUUGUGUGGUGAACUUCGGAGUUCGGCCCGUCACCAUCUUCAGUGGUGUGAUGGUGGCGGGGGGGUUUAUGCUCAGCGCCUUCGCCCCCAACGUCCCAUUCCUCAUUUUCUCUUACGGCAUCGUGGUCGGUGUUGGUUUAGGUCUCUUGUAUGCUGCCGUCGUCAUCAUCACCUGUCUGUACUUUGACAAGAAGAGAGGGCUGGCGCUGGGAAUAGUGAGCACAGGUACAGGCGUGGGUGGCGCCCUGUUUGCCACGCUGCAGAGUGAGCUCAUUGAGCUGUUCGGUCUGGAGGGCUGCCUCCUCAUCAUUGGAGCGCUGGCGCUCAAUGUGGUGCCAUGUGGCGGCCUCAUGCGACCUUUAACCGCGCCGAGGUACUACCUCAAACAGCGCGCCGCCAUCCUGGAGCAGCAUCUUCAGGAAGAGGUGAAAGGGGAAGAAGAGGAGUUGUCCAGUCAGGAGCCUUCAGCCAAAGAUCCCGUUGUUGUCAUGGAAACCAAGGAGCCACUUGUGAGGAGGAGGAGCUUUUUCAGCUUCUCGACCUUCGUCAAAAAGAUGAAACAUUAUUCCCAAUGUUUGUCCUCCAUGCUGUCUCUCCUUCAGGACAGAGUGCUCAUGGCGUUCUGUGUCACUUUCCUCCUCUUCUGCCUCGGUAGUUUCCCCCCUCAGAUGUUCAUGGAGGACCUAGCUCGGAGCUCCGGGCUGUCGAAGGGCGUCACCUCCAUCUCCCUGGUGUCCCUCAACUCUAUCGCGACCGGUGUGGGUAAACUGGGGCUGGGUGUCAUAGCCGACGUGUCGUGUGUCAACAGUGUCCUCCUGUAUGCUCUGACGGUGGCGGUGAGCGGGCUGGGGGUGCUGCUCAUCCCCUUCGCCAGCUCGUACAUGGAGCUGCAGGUGUUGACGGCGGUCCUGGGCUUUUCGAUCGGGAACUGGACUCUGACGCCGUACGUCACCAGUAAGGUAGUCGGCGUGGAGAAGCUCCCUGAGGCUCAUGGGAUCCUGAUGUUUUUCGGAGGUGUUGGCAUCACACUAGGCCCUCCUGUCGUAGGUUCUUUCUACGACUUCAGUCAGUCGUACGACCUCGCCUUCUACCUCAGCGGCGCCUGCAUGAUGGCCGGCAGCCUCCUCCUCCUCUUCCUCACCGCCAUCCUGCCGCAAAAAGAAACCCCUCCUCUUCCUCCACCUGAGACCGAGCUCAUCAGCUGCACGGUCACCACGGCAACAGACACUACCUCAACUGUCACCUGACACAGCAAGCAAAUCAGGAUCCUCGAUCUGUAUGAAGACGUGUCUGAGAAGGUUAGCGUCUAACGAGUAAAACUGUAUUUUUUAAAUGAUUUUUUUUUUCUGAACUUUUUUUACUUGAUGCUGAAACUGUAGAUGGGCGGCACGGUGGUGUGGUGGUUAGCACUCUCGCCUCACAGCAAGAGGGUUGCCGGUUCGAUCCCGGGCGUGGGAGCCCUUCUGUGUGGAGUUUGCAUGUUCUCCCCGUGUCAGCGUGGGUUCUCUCCGGGCACUCCGGCUUCCUCCCACAGUCCAAAGACAUGCAGAUUGGGGACUAGGUUAAUUGGUAACUCUAAAUUGUCCGUAGGUGUGAAUGUGAGUGUGAAUGGUUGUCUGUCUCUAUGUGUCAGCCCUGCGAUAG